AAAGCCUUCUACAGGAAUGUUCAUAGAAGCGUUAUUUAUAAUAACCAAAAAGUAGAUAGAACCCAGGUGUUCAUCAAUCAAUGAAUGGAUAAACAAAAUGUGGAAUAUAUAUACAACAGAAUAUUUGGCAAUAAAAAGAAAUUAAGUACUGAUACAAACUACAGCAGAGAUAAUCCUCAAAAACAUGUGAAGUGAAAAAAGUCAGUCGGGAAGACUACAUAUUGUAUACCACGUAUAUGAAAUAUCCAGAAUAGGCGUCAGCGUGAAGCCACGCCCCUUCCUCGUUUCCUAGCAACCAACUCCACCACCAUUCGCUUGCUUCCUUAAACCUCUCUCCGUCGUCACUUCCGCUCUGAGACAGGAAUGAGGUCAGAGCCGGCAGCUUUCCCGGGAGUUCGGCGUUUGUGUCUGCCUCAGCUGGAGAAGUGUUUCCCUGGAACUGGCGGCCUCCCGUUCUAUCCCGAGUCCCACCUCCCCUCCUGGUGGUGAGGCCCUCCAGGAGUCUAGAGGCCUUCGAAGGUCCGGAGAAGGUCCGCACGAGGGGAAGGCGAGGCCCAGGAACGCGUGGCUCCCCGGGCGGAGUAGGGGGCUGGCGGGGGCAACUCCCGGGGUAUCUCUGGAAUCGCUUCAGCUUGGCUUCGUUCAUCUGCGGCACGUUCCCCCUUCUCCGCUGCGGGCCACCGUGGUUUCUGGAGAUUGGCAUUUUUCGGCGUCCCUCCCCCAACGCCCCACCUCCUGCUUUUGAAGGAAGAUCUUUCAUACCGAAGACUUGCCCGGCUGCUGACCCCCAAUCUCAGACCCUGAAGUGACCCGUCAUGACCUCAGUGUGAGCUAGUGACCAACUUGUGACACUUUACAGAGUCCUGGGGGGCUGUAUCCUGACUUACUGACCCGGAGGUGCUUGCUGCCAUCAUGGGAAAUCAGCUCGCUGGCAUUGCUCCUUCCCAGAUCCUUUCUGUGGAGAGUUAUUUCUCAGACAUCCAUGACUUUGAAUAUGAUAAGAGCCUGGGGAGCACUCGGUUUUUUAAAGUUGCUCGAGCAAAGCACCGAGAAGGCCUAGUGGUUGUGAAGGUCUUUGCAAUUCAGGAUCCUACGUUGCCUUUAACCAGCUAUAAACAAGAGCUGGAGGAACUGAAAAUCAGGCUUCAUUCUGCACAGAACUGUCUACCUUUUCAGAAAGCAGCAGAAAAAGCAUCUGAGAAAGCAGCCAUGCUCUUUAGGCAGUAUGUGCGAGACAACCUCUAUGAUCGCAUCAGUACUCGUCCGUUCUUAAAUAAUAUAGAGAAGCGUUGGAUUGCUUUUCAGAUCCUAACAGCUGUGGACCAAGCACACAAAUCUGGGGUCCGUCAUGGGGACAUCAAGACUGAGAAUGUAAUGGUUACCAGUUGGAAUUGGGUCCUUCUAACUGAUUUUGCCAGUUUUAAGCCCACUUAUCUUCCAGAGGACAACCCCGCAGAUUUCAACUAUUUCUUUGACACUUCACGGAGGAGAACUUGUUACAUUGCUCCUGAACGUUUUGUUGAUGGUGGAUUGUUUGCCACCGAGUUAGAACAUAUGAGAGAUCCUUCAACUCCACUUGUAGACUUGAAUAGUAAUCAGAGAACAAGAGGAGAGUUGAAGCGGGCAAUGGACAUCUUUUCAGCAGGUUGUGUUAUAGCUGAGCUUUUUACAGAAGGUGUACCGCUGUUUGAUCUUUCUCAACUUCUGGCUUACAGAAAUGGACAAUUUUUCCCGGAACAAGUACUAAAUAAAAUUGAAGAUCGCAGUAUCAGAGAAUUGGUAACUCAGAUGAUUCAUCGUGAGCCAGAUAAACGUUUAGGGGCAGAAGAUUACCUAAAGCAGCAGCGUGGCAAUGCCUUUCCUGAAAUAUUUUACACUUUCCUUCAGCCCUACAUGGCCCAGUUUGCCAAGGAGACAUUUCUUUCUGCCGAUGAGCGCAUUCUGGUUAUACGGAAGGAUUUGGGCAACAUUAUUCACAAUCUCUGUGGACAUGAUCUGCCGGAAAAAGCAGAAGGAGAGCCUAAGGAAAAUGGGCUGGUUAUCUUGGUGUCUGUUAUAACAUCCUGUCUGCAGACCCUUAAAUACUGCGAUUCCAAACUUGCUGCUUUGGAACUUAUUCUCCAUUUGGCCCCAAGAUUAAGUGUAGAAAUUCUUUUGGACCGUAUUACUCCAUAUCUUUUGCAUUUUAGCAAUGACUCUGUUCCUAGAGUGAGGGCUGAAGCCUUGAGGACAUUGACCAAAGUUCUUGCCCUUGUCAAAGAGGUUCCUCGAAAUGAUGUCAAUAUCUAUCCGGAAUAUAUUCUGCCAGGCAUAGCCCACUUAGCCCAAGAUGAUGCCACUAUUGUUAGACUAGCCUAUGCUGAAAACAUAGCUCUGCUGGCAGAAACAGCUUUGAGAUUCCUGGAAUUAGUACAGUUAAAAAAUCUCAAUAUGGAAAAUGACCCAAAUAGUGAAGAAAUAGAUGAAGUUACACAUCCCAAUGGAAAUUAUGACACAGAGCUGCAAGCCUUACAUGAAAUGGUCCAGCAGAAAGUUGUCACUUUGCUAAGUGACCCUGAAAAUAUUGUGAAACAAACCUUAAUGGAAAAUGGAAUAACACGGCUGUGCGUAUUCUUUGGACGUCAGAAAGCCAAUGAUGUUUUAUUGUCGCACAUGAUCACUUUCCUAAAUGAUAAGAAUGAUUGGCAUCUGCGUGGAGCUUUUUUUGAUAGCAUAGUUGGUGUUGCUGCCUAUGUUGGUUGGCAAAGCUCCUCAAUUCUCAAACCCCUGUUACAACAAGGUCUUAGUGAUGCUGAGGAAUUUGUUAUUGUUAAAGCUCUUAAUGCCCUUACCUGUAUGUGCCAGUUAGGGCUACUACAAAAACCCCAUGUCUAUGAAUUUGCCAGUGAUAUUGCCCCAUUUCUGUGUCAUCCCAAUUUGUGGAUACGCUAUGGUGCCGUAGGAUUUAUCACAGUGGUGGCUCAUCAAAUAAGUACAGCUGAUGUAUACUGCAAACUGAUGCCUUACCUUAACCCGUAUAUUACUCAACCAAUAAUACAGAUUGAAAGGAAACUUGUUCUACUCAGUGUUUUAAAAGAUCCAGUAAGUCGUUCUAUAUUUGAUUAUGCUUUGAGGUCUAAAGAUAUUACUAGCUUGUUCAGACAUCUUCACAUGCGCCAAAAGAAGCGAAAUGGGUCUCUUCCUGACUGCCCCCCACCGGAGGAUCCUGCCAUAGCACAGCUUCUGAAGAAAUUGCUCUCACAGGGAAUGACAGAGGAAGAGGAAGACAAACUCUUGGCACUGAAAGACUUCAUGAUGAAAUCUAACAAAGCAAAGGCCAAUAUAGUAGACCAGAGCCAUCUUCAUGAUAGUAGUCAGAAAGGUGUAAUUGACCUAGGGGCAUUAGGCAUAACUGGGAGACAAGUUGAUCUUGUUAAAACCAAACAGGAACCUGAUGACAAGCGAGCUAGAAAACACGUAAAACAAGACUCAAAUGUAAAUGAAGAAUGGAAAAGUAUGUUUGGGUCACUGGAACCACCGAAUAUGCCACAGGCCCUACCUAAAGGGAGUGACCAGGAAGUGAUUCAGACUGGGAAGCCUCCUCGUUCUGAGUCCUCUGCUGGCAUUUGUGUCCCUUUGUCUACUUCUCCACAGUUUCCAGAAGUGACAAAUGUCCAAAAUAGAAAACCAACAAUACAGGUUUUAAGUAGUACAAUUUUACCGUCUACGUACCAGAUUCGGAUCACAACGUGUAAAACGGAACUUCAGCAGCUCAUACAGCAAAAGCGGGAGCAGUGUAACGCCGAGAGGAUAGCUAAGCAGAUGAUGGAAAAUGCUGAAUGGGAGAGCAAGCCACCACCACCUGGGUGGCGUCCUAAAGGGCUGCUAGUUGCACAUCUUCAUGAACACAAAUCUGCUGUAAAUCGAAUUAGAGUCUCUGAUGAACAUUCCCUUUUUGCAACGUGUUCAAAUGAUGGCACAGUGAAAAUUUGGAAUAGUCAAAAGAUGGAGGGGAAGACCACCACUACCAGAUCUAUUCUUACAUAUAGCCGAAUUGGAGGACGAGUCAAGACACUUACAUUCUGCCAGGGGUCCCACUACUUAGCCAUCGCGUCUGACAAUGGUGCCGUCCAGCUUCUUGCAAUUGAAGCUUCUAAGCUGCCAAAGUCUCCUAAGAUUCAGCCUCUGCAAAGCAGAAUGCUAGACCAGAAGGAUGAUGGCUGUGUCGUGGAUAUGCAUCACUUCAACUCUGGGGCACAGUCUGUUCUGGCCUAUGCCACUGUGAAUGGCUCUCUCGUUGGUUGGGACCUCCGGUCUUCAAGCAAUGCAUGGACUCUGAAGCACGAUCUGAAGUCAGGCCUCAUCACUUCCUUUGCUGUGGACAUCCACCAGUGUUGGCUCUGCAUUGGUACAAGCAGUGGUACCAUGGCUUGCUGGGACAUGAGGUUCCAGUUGCCAAUUUCCAGCCACUGUCACCCCGUCAGGGCUCGAAUCAGACGCCUCUCAAUGCACCCUCUGUAUCAGUCCUGGGUGAUUGCAGCCGUGCAGGGCAACAAUGAGGUGUCCAUGUGGGACAUGGAGACUGGCGACAGAAGAUUCAUGCUCUGGGCCUGCAAUGCACCACCACUCUCUGAGUCACAGCCUGUUCCUCACAGUGUCCAUGGUAUCUAUUGUAGUCCUGCAGAUGGAAAUCCCAUCCUACUAACGGCUGGCUCAGACAUGAAAAUAAGGUUUUGGGACUUGGCUUACCCAGAGCGGUCCUACAUUGUUGCCGGAGGUACUAGUUCCUCGUCUGUGUCCUACUCUAGGAAAAUAAUUGAAGGCACUGAAGUCGUCCAGGAGAUUCAGAAUAAGCAGAAGAUGGGACCAAGUGAUGACACCCCUCGAAGGGGCCCAGAGUCUCUGCCCGUGGGACACCACGAUAUCAUCACAGACAUCGCCACCUUCCAGACAACACAGGGCUUCAUUGUAACUGCUUCUAGAGAUGGAAUUGUUAAGGUGUGGAAAUGAAAACUUAGUGGUCUGUAUAAUUUGUAAUAAAGUUAUAAGUUUACUGUAACUUGAGAGCAAAGGUAUUUUUAGAGGACAGAAGUGAGAUUCAGUUCUUUCAUUUUCAAAAUUAUGUCUCUAUAUAAUACUGUCUCAUGAUUAAACAGAUCCCAUCCAAGGUGGUUAAGAAGGUUGCACUCAACCAAUGUACUUACACAUUAUCUCUGCAAGAAUCAGCCAGACAACAGUAUCUGGGACUUCCUACUGUAUAUGUCACAGAGGUGAGGAAUUUAAAAUGCUAAGACUUCUAUGAUCUAAGUUUGUACUAAAAAAGAUGGGUCAUAAGCUAUAAUAAUGUAAACACAUUUUUGCUAUUAAAACUGCUAUUCAAACCAGCCAAUAAAAUGUAUUCAAGCAUCU